GACACCAGAAUUUAGUAUUAACGAUACGUAAAGUAAGACCACAUAUGGUGGCCUCGACACGCAUUUAACAGAAAAAGAAGAAAGAAAUAUGAUAAAAACCCUCAACCUCAAUCAUAGUGACCAACUAGAUAAACGUACUUUCCUUUCAACUUCCAGUACACAUGUGUGUGUGUUAUACUCAAUUAUCAUUAGACGCGGAUGUCAACUGUCAUGUGUUCCUUUUCUUUAUAGUACAACUGUCCUCUACUCAUCCUAUACUAUUUCCAUUAUUUUUUAGUACUUUUUAUUUCCCUAUUUUCCUCUACCAACAUUCCCUUCAUUUAUAUAUAUGCCUACCCCAUUCCUCAUUCUCAACAAUCAAAUCCAAGAAAGUGAAAAUUACUUUCUCCGAUACACGGAAAGCUCAAAUCUUGUUUUGUUAAUAUGGGCAACUAUAUUUCUUGCACCUUAUCAGGACCACUAGGCAGCAACAAGCAAUCAAGAGGCAUAAAAGUCAUAUUCCCAAGUGGUGAAAUAAGUCAUUAUUAUCAACCAAUCAAAGCAGCAGAGCUUAUGCUAGAAACUCCAAAUUUCUUUCUUGUUAACACAAGGUCACUUCAUAUAGGAAGGAGAUUUUCUGCACUGAAUGCUGAUGAAGAUCUUGAAAUGGGAAAUGUAUAUGUCAUGUUUCCAAUGAAGAAGUUGAAUUCUUAUGUGUCAGCAGGUGAUAUGGGCGCGUUGUUAUUAACAGCCAACUCGGUUUCCAGAAGGGUGGCAAUUGGAAGUUUGAGAAUCUUGCCUGAAUAUGCUGAGUCCUCUACUGUGGAAAGUGAAAAAUCAAGUUUGCCAAAGUUGAAUUUGGAUGAUAUAGAAGAGUUUUCAAGUGAAGAGUUCAAGAACAGGUUGUCAAUGUGUAGGUCAAAGAAACCAUUGUUGGAAACUAUUGCUGAAGAACCAGUUUGUUCAAGAUGAAGAUUUUUGAAUAAAUUUUAUUCAUUCAAGUUCUCUUUGAAUUUUUGUGAGGAGAAAUGAUUCUUUUAAAGAUAAUUAGGAUGUAGGAUCCCAUUUGUUUGUUGAAAGGAAAAAAAAUAACAGAAAAGAUAUAUACGAGGGAAAAUUGUAUCAUCUAA